AUGACUGAGACAACCGAACAAGCCAACUCCGGGCUCCGGAAGCGGCGGUCCUCCUCCUCCGCCUCCAAGCUCGCGCAGGUCGCCGUGGACGUAGAACACAAGAUCGCCGAAGCCCUCACGGUCCUAUGGGACGACCUACCCUCCUGGCGGCGCGACAACCACUUUAUCGAGACGGGGUAUCGGCGUGACAGCAACAGCUACUGGUUAUCGUUCACCUCGCUCUUCUACGUGCAUAACGAGUUCGUCAACAUCUGGACACACCUACUCGGCGCUUUGAUCUUCCCCGCCGUGGGUGCCUGGUUGUACCAUGUCAUCGCACCGCGGUACGUGUCCGCGAACGCAUCGGAUGUGCUCGUUUUCGGGUGUUUCUUCGCCGGCGCUGUGAUGUGCCUUGAUGCUAUCUCGAACCACUCGGAGGAGGUUUCGAAGUGGGGAAACAAGCUGGACUACUCCGGCAUCGUGUUUCUCAUUGUAGGGAGUUUCAUCCCGGCGCUCUACUACGCACUAUUCUGUCUACCGCAUUUGAUGGAGUUCUACUUGUACGGAGUUGCGGCUUAG